AGCAACGUUCGGAGUUGUAUAACGUUGCGUUGCCGUUGAGCGUAUAAUUUUUCGAUAAGUCUCGAGUGAAAAAUUUGAUUAGAAAUUAGAAUACGCGUAUAACGUUAACGUGGAAAAAGAAAACUAAUUUGAUCGCUUCGCUGAAAGUUUUUAUUUUCAUUAACCUAAAAUUAUCAACUGCGGACGUAAGAUGCGUGUCUUUGGCACCUUGUUAUUAUUUUGGCCGCGACACCUUGUUUUGAAAUUUUCGUUAAUAUGUUUGUAAGUGAUUGCCAACUAACAAUUAUUAGUUAUUUUUUCUAAUUGAUUUCUGAUUAUGUGACGUCGACUGCAUUUCUUCACGUAAAUCGCAGAAUAUUCUAGUAUCGAUCGGAAAAACGUGCAGAAUCGCUUUGUAAGGUAAUGGUAGCUGCACAAUUUAUCAAUUCCGUCCUGAUGAUGACGCCUGGGUCCAAUAGUAUGCUACGUGCACGCCGCAAAGAUAAAGAUGUCAAGCCGAAUAGGCAUCUGGAUCGAACGGCGUCCAGAGGAAUGCUGUACGAAAACGAAGACCUGCGAUUGAGAACAAUUAAUAUCAACGCGGAUUUAGAAAAAGGCCAACAAUACAUAAAGAAGCUGCGUCGUGAGAACAAUCAAUUACGUCGAGAAAUAUGGAGUCUCCGUGAUCAAUACGAUAAAUUGGAAAAUGUGUUAAAAGCCCACGAACAAGAGCAGGUAAUCAUCGAAGAAUUAGAAAGAGGUGAUUCAGAAAGAGAAGAUGGUGAACAAGAAACGUUAAGUAUAGUCGAAGAAGAAAACGAAAGUGAAAUCACCAGUCAGAUUGGAGAUGAAAAUAAUGAAAACUGUUGUACCGAGAUAAUGACAGAUACUUGCUCAAAUUCUGAAAUUGAAGACAUGUUGAAACAAUUUCCUCAUAAAGUUAAUGUCGGUACCAUCAUAGAACUUGUUACACGUCCGAAGAACGACGAUGUAACACAGUUGAACUCGUCUUGCGAAAAUGAAGCGUCUAAAAUGUGUUCGUUGAAAAAGUGCGACGAUUUCGUAGGUAUUUUCAAAAAUUACACCGAGGAAUAUCACACGUUGGUUUUUUCUACCGAAGCUUUCGAAAAUCUCACUGUCCAAGAAAUAAUCGAUGAAUUGGAGCAACAGCUGAAAGAAAACUGUCGAAAUAUUGUCAAAGGGAUUCGUUUGACUUCGAAAAACGCUUUUAUUACGGUUAAUAGCUCGGAUCAGUGUCAAACACUCGUAAAUUCUGGAUUAAAAAUAAGAAAUAAACCCAUCACGCUCGAUAAUAUAUGGGAAAAGAGUUCCAUAUUGCAAUUGUCCGCUGUACCACCGCAUGUUCCAGAUGAGCAAAUUAUUGCAGCUAUCUCACGUUUUGCUGAUGUUAUUGGUAACAUAGAAAGGCAAACGUACAAAGGAUUCGAUACAGGAGAACGUUUCAUUCAGGUUAAAUCACGAGAAGCCAUUCCAGGCCAAUUACUAUUCGGUUCAACGUGUCUGGAUCUCAGCGUAGUAUACCCUCGUAGUACUCCUAUCGCCAACAACAUCUCUCGCCGAAAAUCAUUCCGUUCGCAAAUAAACAUUAACCUAAAACCACCCGAUUCGGAAACUGAAACACCUUCGACAAAAUCCGACGACCAACCAAUCAGCGCUAACGUAGAAGUGGAAAAUGCCCCUAAACCGGAACCAUCGUUUUUUUCUAAAUCAACCGGUAUCACUUUAAGCGUCGAAGACGUCGAUAAAAAAUCCAACGUAUUCGAAUUUCCAACCUCGACUCCGGUGCCCAGCACUCCAGCUCCUACUCAAAAUCAUAAUAAUUCUUCAGCCAAAAAGAAAUCAACGCUGAGUACACCGACGUCGGUAAACAAAGAGAGCAAAUCGUCCAACGAAUCUCCUUCAGCAUUUAGAAAAUUUUCACAGAGACGAAAUAACAGCGGGCGUAAAAACAUCGAUAUUUCUCAACCACCUUCUCCGGUACCAUUCCAAGGCCAAGGUACGCCAAGAAUGGUACGAAAAUCUUCGGUGAAUUUCCGGAAUAACGGAGAAGCCUCUUCUCGAAUUAGGUCUCCGGAAAUGUACUCGGAAUACGGAUCCGGUUACCUGAACAGGGAACGAAGUGCGAGCGAUGCGAGUAGUCGACAAAGUAUUUGCAGGCGAAAAUUAAGCGUUACAGGACACGAAGGGAGUACGAAAAUCCCAUGGUGUGGUUGUUGGGGGAUCGGAUGUUGUUGAAUUUUGAUUUUAUUGUUGUAGCCUUCUCAAAGAAGGCGAUGGUUAAAUUAAAAUGCGGUAAAUGCCACGUUCGAGUAGAAAAUGAAGCGUGAAUAGUAAAUGGAUUUGUGCAACGGAUGAUGACCUCCAUCGCGGUAGCGAAUUUUGAUGAGAGACUGCGUCUGCAUAGGUAAAGUACAAAAGUGAAAAUUGCUUGAUAAAACAAAAUAGAUCUAAGAAAUAGGAAAAUUUUUAUGUUAGAUGUGUUUUCUAAAAUAUACAAAUGAUUAUUGUUUUUAUUA